CCUUCCAACCCAAACCAUUCUGUGAUUCUGUGAGUCUAUUUCUUCUCUCUUUUAGGGUAAACAACCUCACUUUAUUCUGGUUUUCCUCAUACAGCGUGUUUUUUAGAUCUCUUGUAAUUCUUUAUGGUUCUUCUGAAUUCCGUUCAGUUGGUUCACAUUUGAAAUAUGUUUUACAAAGAUAGAGAUGAUUCUCAUCAGAGUCUUACCAGUGUACUUCAUCACUUUGAGUGAGGAAAUGCUGCAAUUCUUAAAAAACUAAUAUCUGUAAUAUAGCAAAGUAUCACUCACCUAUUCUACCGGUUGCAUUGUUCCUAGCAUGGCUAGUAACAAUGGUUUCAGUAAUAAACUAAUGCAGGUAAACUGGGAUGAUUUAUAAUAUGGUUCUAUAGAAGUUCAUAGGGAGAAUCAGAAACCAUCCUGGGAGGCAAGAAAGAUGAUGAACAGCGCUUAGCUGAAUGUGAGCUUCAAAAGAGGGCUGUAUUCCAAAUGGCUAAGGUGAUCUUUGGAUAUAAAACCAGAAUAUUAAUUUCAGUGAUUUCAUAGCUCUUCCAAAUUUGAAACAUUACACCAAGACUCCUUUUUGAAACCACUGCAGCAACACCGUGCCUAAUUCUUAUUUCUGUGAUUCAGUAAAAGCAUUGAAAAAUGGUGGAGGUUUGUGGUGGGUUGAUCUUGGCUGACCACCAGGUGCCCAUCAAGCCAUGCUAUCACUCCCCCUUCUCAACAGGACAGCGCGAGAAAAUAUGAUGAAAAAGCUCAUGGGUUGAGACUUCUGGGACACAGCUGGACAGGAGAGGUUCCAGAGCAUGCAUGCAUCCUAUUACCAUAAGGCCCAUGCUUGUAUCAUGGUGUUUGAUGUGCAGCGGAAAGUCACCUACAAGAACUUGAACAGCUGGUACAAGGAGCUGAGAGAAUUCCGCCCUGAGAUUCCUUGCAUUGUGGUGGCCAACAAAAUUGAUGCGGAUAUGAAGGUGACCCAGAAAAGCUUCAACUUUGCCCGGAAGUUCAGUUUGCCCUUUUACUUUGUGUCUGCUGCAGACGGCACCAAUGUAGUGAAGCUCUUCAAUGAUGCCAUCAAACUGGCAGUUGCUUACAAACAGAAUUCAGGAGAUUUCAUGGACGAGGUCAUGCGAGAACUGGAGAGCUUUGACCUGCAGAAGAAGAGUGAGAAUUUGUCGGAUAAAGAGGAGAGCUGCCCUGAAGAGAAGCCCCCAUCUGCCUAAGCCCUGGACCCUGAGUCUGGUUUUUUCCUUUGCUUGAGAUUUUUGGGGCUAGGUAGAGCUGGCCUUCACAGAGGAACGCGAUUUUUCUCAUGCCCUGAGAGCUCUGGUGAUGGGCAGCUGGGCCUCCGCCCUUGUUGUGGGAGACUCUCUGGGCAUGACCCUCCCUGACUCUGCCCUAGCCACUGCACGUCACAGCCAAGGAAAGGGCGAGAACAUCCACAUGGUUGCUAGCUACUGUAUGCUGCUUCAAGGCAAAGCUUGCCAGGAGAGCUAAGCCACUCUUGGACCUGCAGGGAAGGGUCCCGCCCAGAUGCUUUAAUGGUACCUACUGGAGAAAACAAACACUAAAGAAUUUUUUUUUAUAA